AUGAGAGACAGUCGUUGAUUAGACGUAAACCAAAGCGCAUCAAAAAUGGAAAUUCGCUCACUUGUGAUCGCAAUUUUAAUAAUUGCAGUUACUAUUCUUCAAUCUGGAGAGGCAACAAAAUGUUAUGUAUGCGAUUCGCGAACCAGCCAAACUUGUACAAGCGGGCCUAUGGCGAACGAAACAGUAGAAUGUCCCCCUAAUCUUAAUUGUGGCGUUUGUAAUUAUAAAUUGGGUAACGGCACUACAAUUCUGGCUCGCCUUUGUGGGUACGUGGAAAUUCCUCUUGUACAACCUUACCGAGUAGAAAGUGGAAAUUGUAAAAUGUGUAGCGGAGACUACUGUAAUGCGGCUAAUAUGAUAAGUAUCAGCAUGGCAACAUUAGGGUGUCUCGUAUCGUUUUGGGCGAUUCGAUUUGUUCUUAAAGGUUCUUAUUAAUUUAUCUAUUUGUAUUAUAAUAUUAUAUCAUACGCCCUUAUAUAAAAAAGAAUAAUGAAUAGAGAGCUCUACAUUGUUCUUCUAUUGCAUUCAUACUAAUUAUUAUAUUACAUAUUAAUAUGUAUGUCAAAUAUACAGCUAAAAAUA